AUGAAGAUGUCUACUGCAUGCCAACGACUUUACAAACGUUCAACCACACGAUUUCCCCAUAUGGAACACUAUAAAUACGAUUAUUAUCGUGAACCAGUUUUGAAGGACAAAGUUUCUGGCAGGGGAGAGAAAGAGCCACGAGCCGUCUGCGUUGGAGAAAUGACUGUUAUGCUGAGCUGCUUGAAGAACCACGAUUUUGACGAAGCACCAUGCACACAGCUCAUUGAUGCUUUCAAAGCCUGCGUCCAAGUCGCCGAGGCCAAACGUGCAAAAGACAGAGAACUCAGAAGGAGUGGAGUUUUGGAACCCGGGGACGAAGAAACGAGGCGGCUGCCUGCAUCACAAGUAACCAAAUUGCUUCAGCGAUUCCCGGAACCGAAGUAG